AUGAAAAUCACGUUUCUCCUCCAAAAAACUAGAACAACUGCGGAUGUUCAGAAAGUUCUUUGUAAAUUGAGCCGACAAAAGAAAGCAACUUCAUGUUUACUUUACAAAAAAAAACUUUCCAUGUCGACAUCUGCUGAACGUAUUCGUCUAGUCAAAUACUCGAUUUUGCAAACAACACUUGCACCGUCGAUCCUUUGUGACAUAUUCGUGUUCGUUUAUUUCUUUCGUCAUUGGCGAAAAGAGAUUAUCAAUGCUCCACACUAUCAUGUCACAUUAUGUUUACUCAUCGUUAGUUUUAUCCAAAAGACCACCGAUAUUAUAUUCCAUUUGUACUACUUACGGUGGGGCAUCGUCAUUUCUCCAACAUAUUCCUUCUGUGUUACUUGGAAUUGGUUGAAUUAUUCGUUAUAUUGUGUCAAUCUUGAUCUCGUCACUUGGUGUUGUAUUGAAAGACAUCUAUUUGUUUUCCAUAGUCAUUUAAUGAAGAAAAAAUUAGCGUUAAUUGUCUUUCAUUAUCUACCAUUAACAAUCAGUGCACGAAUAGCUGGAAUUAUUCAUUGCUCUACUGCGGAGGACCUUGCUAUCUAUAUAGCGAUCCACUUCUAG